CGGAACUUGUCAAUCUCUUUUUUGCAGUGACCCUUUUCCUCUACCCCCCACCUCGCUCAACCAUGGCAGACAUCAACGCGGUUGCAAAGCAGUUUACCAGCUUUUAUUAUUCUACCUUCGAUUCGGAUCGUGCGGGUUUGCGGAGCCUCUACCGGCCACAAUCUAUGCUUACCUGGGAGGGCACCCCGAUUCUUGGAGAUGCCGCCAUCGCUGAGAAGCUGGUUACUCUGCCAUUCCAGACGGUCCAGCACAAGGUCACCACUCUCGAUGCUCAGCCAUCUUCCCCCUCCGUUGCGAGCUUGAUCGUUAGCGUCACUGGAUUGCUCAUAGUCGACGAAGGCUCGAACCCCCUCCAGUUCAGCCAAGUUUUCCAGCUUAUACCGGAUGGCAGUAGCUACUACAUUUACAACGAUAUCUUCCGCCUCAACUAUGGUUAAGCCACCGCCACCACCCCAGGAGUUUCGCUCAUAGUUGUAGCUGUAGUCUGUUGUCCCUCCGCCGUCGAUGCAAUAAUACAUAAAGGAUUUUUUCACUUU